AUGGACCUAGACCAGUCCCUACAGGAAUUUGUGGUGGAGAACUCCACCUACCGGGACGAGAGUAAUUCCGGUUACAGUCCCUCAGGUACGGCCGGCCAGAACUGUCAUACCCCGGACGAAUCUCUCUAUAGUACCUACAAAGACGAACCUGCUCCGGACAAUGCUCUUCAGCUUGGUGCAUCUCACCUGAUCACAACGACACCCGUGAGACGGGAAGACUCGACCGAGUUCAAAAAGGGUAAUUAA